CAAAACAAAAAAUUGGAAUUCGCUCAUUUUACUGCAACUCAUCAACUCCCUCUCUUUCUCUUCCGCUUGCUGCAAACUGAUUUUUCUCUAAACCCUUAAUCUAGGGCAAAUCGAGGGAAAACCCCAGAUUUGGGAUCGCUUUGCAAGAUUCUCUUGGGUGAUUUUUGAUGCUGUUCUCGGUGAGAUUUUCCUUCAAAAAGGUAAGUUAUAAGUAACAAGUAGAUUGGCGAAGGAGAGAGGUAACUGCAUUUGGGAGAGCUUUUAUGGCAAAGGUGGCUAAACCUGGUUCUGUAGCUUCCAAUUCUCUUCAAAUUGGCGGGGCUACUCUAAAUGUUGCUCCAAUGGUCAAAAGGAAGACUCCAUCAGAACUGAGAGGAGAGCAAUUGAAGAGAACGAAUAUUGUAGAGAAUGUAGAUGAAUCUCCAGUCCCUUUGCCUGGUUCAGUGAAUAACAUUAUUGAUAAUGGACUUAAGAAACCAGAUUUACCAAGGAAUGCUCGAUACAUUGACACCCGUAUGGAUGAAGUAUAUCCUGUAAAAAAAUUCAGGCUCAGGGUGCUUUCUGUGAAGGAAAAUGCUAAGGAAAACAAAUCAACUGAACAAACCAAUAGCAUGAAGAAUAUAUCAUUUCUUUCAAAUUUGGCUGCCAAGAGACAACUCUUGUGUCCAGAGAAUUCUGCUGCUCCCUGUAUGGUUUCCAAGGAGGGUAAGUUGCAAUCUCAACAACCAAUAGGAAGAUGUACUCAAAGUAUAUUCCGAAGCGUUGCUGAACUUUCAUCAAAUGGUGAAAGAUCAUCUGGUGUGGCUCUUUGUGAUAUGGAUAAAGCGUUGAAAGGACUGGUUGCCCAUGAACCUCCUCCCAAUUCUGGUUUAACUGCUGACUGUUCUGCAAAUUUUGGCAAUCAUACACCAAUUCAUUCUGGCAAUUUCUGCUCUGAGUGCCUUGUGCCAGGCCAAAAGGCUCCUCUUGAUUUUACUUUGAAAACAAAAAUGCGAGUAGCAUCCUAUUGCUCGGUGAAUUGGAUCCAUAGGUCAAUUAUGUGCAGUGCCUAUAAUGGCAUGCCACAGUUCACAUCCCAACUUGAUGGUCCUGAGAAUGGUGGCAGCUCAGGGUGGGCAUCAACUUCCCAGAUUCUUAGUUCUAGAGCAUUGCAUUCAUGGGUUUAUCCACAGUCUAUUCUACCUCCUUCUGUCAUAUCAGUAUUAAGCUCACAAGCAGCGGAGGGAGAUUUUUUAACAAAACGGCAGCUGGGAUGGGAGGAUUCAUUUCGGAGCCUUUAUUACAUGCUUCGGAAGAACAUUUGCAAUAUUUUUUAUGUAUGUACUUCACAUUUUGUAGCAAUGUUCAUCAGUACAAGUGGUUCAGGAAGCACCAAACAUUUUUGCAAUGCUUACAUCUCUAGGUCAACAAGAGGUCUGAGAUCAUUGCUGAGAGAGCAUGAUGUUUGUUUCUCCAUGCCACUUUGCCACUCUAAAGUAGAGCAAGCAACAGCUGAAGAUCUAGUUGAGCUCUCAGAGAUUGAGAAGCAAAAUCUGGGCCAGACUCGACGACCAACCUCCUUAUCUGAUGUUGAUAGUAGCUCAGAAUCUCUGCUAGCUUUCUAUGGAAAUAAAAAUGUACAUGCAUUAUAUGAUUUUUUGUUAAAUUACAGAUCUUCCUUGACUUUUUUGUCUGGUGUGGAUGUUCCUGUAUUGUACUCGCCUGUUCCAUUUCAAAAUGCUGCUCUUUCUGCUCCAGAGAUAAGAUGUGUGGAGAUGAAAAGAGUUGAUGAAAUUGGCACUUCUAAAGUAUCUGAAAUUAAAGACGGUGAACAAAUGCAAGGUUCACCUUCUGGUUUCUGCUCUAGCAUUGAAAUUAAGGAUGCAUACAUUCCAUCAUGGAUUAUUUGCCGUGUAUGUGCACUAAUGGGAUCUGAAGGAAAGAGCUUUGAGGCAAGCUUUGUAACUGAGCAUACCUCAAUUGGCUUGAAUAUUGCUCUUCAGACAGUGAAUGAGAAGUCUGAUUCCACAGCUGCAGCAAGCCAAGGCUUGCAACAAAGCAGCAACUCUUUUGGCAUUCCAGAAGCUACAGUUUCUCCUUGCUUGGAUUCAGGUUUCUUAAAAGCCUUGAAGUACAACAAUGGAUAUUAUACGGCUUCUCUCUCUGCCGUCUGAUACCGUGAUGGUUUUUGCAACUUUGAACUAAUUAGUUGUUUCUUCACCUGUAAUCUAUCUUAUAUGAUUAACAGUUGCUAACCGGUGUGAGAGUCCAUAAAACUGACAUUUUUUCAUAGGGGAAGGGGGGACUUUGUUUUGCUAGUUUAAUUGUGCUUGUUGCCCCCUUUUUUUUUUAAGUAACAAUAACAUUUGAUGAUUUUUAGUGAGUUAAUCACACUAUAAUUAUAAAAGUUUGGAGACAUAAUUUUGACCUAACAA